AUGAGGAAUGUCUUUGCUACGCUCAAGCGUCACCGCCAUGUCACUCUGCUAUCCCAAACUUUACGCCAUGACAGAAAUAUGGAGACCAUUAUACCGAAAUGCAUACCAUUGAGAUACCAUAAGGAUGUUGAAAUUAGAUGGAAACAAGAUAAUUGGUUUCCAUAUCAGUUGUUACAACGACAUUGUAUUUCCACCAGCGUGCAUGGUGAAAGGCCAACUGCAGAGUAUGCAAAGUUGAGGAAGGAAUCACUAGAAACUCAAUUUAGGCAUGCUCUUGGAGCUUAUGGCUCCAAAAGUCCAUUUUUGGCUUUUUAUAGAGCAGCAAUUGUUUCAUUUUAUGUGUUGAAGCUGACAAUCUGGCAAUGCUUUGUCCAUGACAUAAAAAAACGCGCCGUCAAGUUUCGGCAAACUCUUAUCCACUUGGGACCUUUCUACAUCAAGCUCGGGCAGGCUUUGAGCACUAGGCCAGAUAUAUUACCAACUGUAUACUGCCAAGAGCUUGUUAAGUUACAGGAUCAAAUACCGCCAUUUCCAACGCGUGUUGCAAUUAAAUCUAUUGAAUCUCAGCUGGGUGGUCCCAUUUCACAACUUUUUGCUGACAUCAGCCCAGAGCCUGUUGCAGCAGCAUCCUUGGGGCAGGUCUAUAAAGCUCACCUGCACUCUGGGGAGCUGGUAGCCGUUAAAGUACAAAGGCCUGGUAUGUCACUUGCAUUGACCCUUGAUGCCUUAUUAUUCCAUAUGAUCGGGGGCCAAUUAAAGCGAUUUGCUAAGGCCCGCAAAGAUCUACUUGUAGCAGUGAAUGAGAUGGUGAGGCAUAUGUUUGAUGAAAUUGAUUACAUCCGAGAGGCAAAAAAUGCUGACCGUUUUGCUUCUCUCUAUGCUUCACGCCCAAGUGAUGGGCAAAAAGGUGAUUCAAAGCCUACAGCUAGGAGAACUCUUAAACAUAAAGAGGCAAACACUAUAAAAGUUCCAAAAAUAUAUUGGGACCUUACCCGUAAGGGUGUGCUUACAAUGGAAUGGAUUGAUGGAAUUAAGCUUACUGAUGACGUUGCCCUAAAGAUGGCUGGCCUGAACAGAAAAAAACUAAUUGACCAGGGAUUAUAUUGCUCUUUGAGACAAUUGCUUGAGGUGGGAUUUUUUCAUGCCGACCCGCAUCCUGGUAACCUUGUUGCCACUAAUAGUGGUGCUCUUGUGUAUUUUGAUUUUGGAAUGAUGGGUGAAAUUCCUCGACAUUAUCGUGUUGGACUUAUUCAAGUGCUUGUGCACUUUGUUAAUCGUGACUCCCUGGGUUUGGCAAAUGACUUUCUUUCUUUGGGAUUUAUUCCUGAAGGGGUUGAUGUACAAUCAGUUGCCGAUGCCUUGCAAGCAUCCUUUAGUGACCGGACUAGACAGUCUCAAGAUUUCCAGGGAAUAAUGGACCAACUCUAUGAUAUUAUGUAUGAAUUUAACUUCUCUCUUCCUCCGGACUAUGCCCUGGUGAUAAGGGCCCUGGGAUCACUAGAAGGCACUGCCAAAGUCCUCGAUCCUGCUUUCAAAGUCAUUGAGAGUUCAUAUCCUUUUGUGAUUGGAAGACUUCUGGCUGACCCAAAUCCUGACAUGAGAAGAAUUUUAAGACAGCUUCUCAUACGUAAUGAUGGAUCCAUAAGGUGGAAUAGGCUAGAACGCCUGAUUGCAGCAAUAUCCGAACAGGCUUCUGAGUCUGCUGAGGAGCACCCUAAAUCUGGGGAGAGUUCUCCAAAUCCGUUGAGAAGUAAAUCAUUUGACAUGCAUGCUGUUGUUGCCGCCACUGAAGAUCUUUUACGUUUCAUUCUCUCUGAGAAGGGUCAGAGGGUGCGUGUAUUCCUUGUUCGGGAUAUAAUUCAUGCAGCUGAUGCUUUUCUUGAGGAUGAAGUUGUCGGUUGCAUGUUCGACGAGAAGCCUGAAGCCAGAGGCUCACCUGAGUCUGAGGGACACGACACGCUCAAAAGGGUCGUAAAUGGGUUUCGGUAUCUCCGUCAAGCUGUAAAGUUGGCCCCAGAGGUGUGGACAGAAAUGCUUGUACGCAUGGCACUCACACCCGAGAGGCUCGCUCUUUCAAGAACUCCUUCGACCAUGGCCAUGGGGCACUCACCGGGCCACCGGCCUAUGCCUGGUGACCUUAUCGCAAGGGAAUUAAGGUGA